UAAAGAAGUAAUCAUGUUCUUAAGGACAACAAUGACAAUAACAAGCCGAAGGAAUGACUAAAAUGAAUAAAUAAUGACCCUACAACAAUAAAUACAAGCAUAUAUAGUAUAAACCCCACACAAGCUUGCAAACACUCAUAUGUCUAAGCUCAAACAAAAAAAAAAAAAAAAAAACAAGAAGAAAACAUAUGUAGAGCCAAUACAGACUCCAACAAGUAGUGAACGGUCCUAUGGCUUUUCAAGGAGUACUAGUAGUUCAGUUUGAUGGGGGUGGGGAGAAGAAAGGAAUGGUUGGAAUUGUUGUUGGAAUGGUAGGAAUAGAGGGGAUUGUAGUUGGGAUGGUGGGCAAUGGAAUGGCUGGCAGAGGAGGAAGAGUCAGCUUGGGAAGUGCUGGCAAAGUUGGCAAUGGCAUGCUAGGCAGUGGGGGCAAUGUGGCUUUAGGCAGGGUUGGCAUUGAGGGCAAAGGAGGCAAAGAUGGAAUUGUAGGCAGCGUCAAUGCCGGGGGUGGAGCCGCUACCGGUGUGUCCAUAAGGUGGCGAGCUGCCAUGCUCAUAUCGAUGCUCGACAACGACAUUGUUAUAACUAAAGACAAUAGGAAAAAAUGAGUGGAACCGGCCAUUG